AUGAUUACCAUGAGUCGAGGUCUCAAUACUGAGGAACGGCUUGAAAGAUUGAAGAAUUUAAAACUGCUCAAGGAGAAUGCACUUGAAGAGAAUGAGAAGGAGUUGCAACGAGAGCUUAAGCAGCUCAAGGAGGAACAGAAAUUACGAGCUGCUGCUGCUCAAAAAGAUGCAGAAGAAGAGGUGCAGGAGACAGAAUUACAAAACCAAGAAGUAAAAAGCGAACGUCUCCGAAAUCUGCGCUACACAAUUGAAGAAGACGAGGCAUGGCAUGAAAAACUGGAAGCCGGCAAAACCGCGGCCGAAGACAGAGAGUUCCAGAAUUUCAAGCAACUCGCUCGUCAGACGUACACAAAAGGCCUGAAAGCAUUGAACCCGUUAAGUGCGGAGAAAUACGAGGCCCAGAAACAGAUAUACUUUGAAAUGAAGAAGGAGGGGAAGUCGGACUCAGAAAUAAUCAACUCUUUGACCAGCAGAGAGAAGCUUGAUCACAUGGUGGAUCAAUUGAAGGAGCGCGAGACUACCACUGUUAAAAGGCGGAAAACGGCGCAGGAUCGCCAGAAUUUUAUCAACGACAAAAACAAACAGUUCAACGAUAAGCUUGACAGACAUUAUGACGAGUACCUGUCUGAUCUGAAGGAGAGCAUCCAGCGAGGGUCCUCACUCUGA